AAGAUUCCUCUUUUACUAACUUGAAGAUUCCCUUUUAUCUUUAAAAGACCGUACGAACUUAUAAUCGAGAUUACACGUGAGGAAUUCAUCAUUCGGUGGAUAAUCGCAUAUCUCUCCAAUAUCGCCCCACUGCCACUGGCGGGGCAGCGAGGCCGCGACUCAUCAAGCCUUACAGUGCUCACUUGAGCCUUUCGCCAUAUCGAUCAACAUAACGGUAUCAUCAGUCACAACCCAAGGUAUUUGCGGUAUGCGAGAUGUCAUCUCAAGCACCACAAGUCCUGUCUCGACGGGCAAACGGAGGUCCUCAGACAUCAUCAAAUCAGACCUCAGAACCAACAAAGGGAAAGGGGUCACACGAGAACAGUUCUCAUGGAAAAGCUAGAGGGAGAGGCUCUAAUGCAAGAUCUACCGAGGCCAAUAAGCAUGCGAAUGAAAGCGAAACUCCAAAACCCACCAAAACCAAGGCUCAUAAUGAGGGUGAAAAGCUCGUGAUACGUCGUCUACCUCCUGGAAUGACCCAGGCAGAAUUUGUAUCAAUUCUUGGAAGUGAGUGGGAGUUGGGUAAGGGCAAGGUUGACUGGUUUUCCUUCGCUGGAGGAAAGAUUUCCACUGACCCCUCGAAACCUUCUCGGCCUGGUCGCGCCUACGUUCAUGUUAUGAAAAAGGAUGAUAUCUUGCCUCUGAGCGAUGCUGUGCGAACCGCUGUCUGGGAGGAUGCGAAGGCAUCUUCUAAUAGCCCUUCUUUGAUUGGUCCUCCUUCAGUUGAGUUUGCCAUUUACAAGAAGGUCCCAAGCAAUAAGAAGCGCACCGAUGCUCGACAGGGAACAAUCGAUCAGGAUCCUGAAUUCAUGGCUUUCUUGGAGGAACUAGCGAACCCAGCACCGCCAAAAGAAACCGUCGAAGGAGAAGAGGGCGACGACCUUGGUAAGGUGGAGACUAAAGUCACCACUACGCCACUCAUCGAGUACCUCAAGGAGAAGAAGGCAAACAAAGCCAAGGAGAGCUCAUCCUCUAAAAAUUCCAAACAUGGACAGGAUUCUAGGAGCGCUAAGGGGAAGAACUCGUCCAAGGACGAAGACUCGGGUAAGAAGAAGGGCAAAGAGUCCAAGGCCGAAAAAGGCGAAAAGACCCCUAAGGAAACCGUCAAGAUCCUCACCAAGAAGGCGACUUCUGAGCCGAAUGCGGAGACCUCGAAGACCAAUGCUAAAAGCCAGCCCAAUGACUCCAGCGCCCAGGAAACUGCACCCAAGAGCCGACGUGCGGGAAUUUUGGCUGCAGCAAGGAUCCUUCAGCGAGAUCUUGGUCUCAGUCCCGGAAGUGCGCAUAGAAAGGCACGUCAAGACGCUGCCAAAGCAGAAGCAGAUGCAAAGACACCAGAAAAGGAGAGCACAUCUACUGCCGAAGCAAAGGCCAGUGCUUCUGAAAGCCCAUCUACGCCUGUAAAAUCAGCCGAGGCCGAAGCACCAGAACCGAAGGGACGAGGUGCUGCAAAUGCCAACAAACAGCAGCAAUCAAACCGCAGAACUCGAGGCGGAAAGAAUGCUGAGAAGAGCAAUCAAAAGGAGAAGGGCAAGGAAAACAGCAAAGAGAAGGAGAGAGUUAAGGAGAGCACAUCGAGUCAACCAGCUCCCAACCCUCCAAUUGUGCUCCUCAAGAAAAAGGCUACUGAUGCUGAAUCCAACCCACCGGCGAAGCCAGCGAAUACCACAACGCAAGUACCGGCCGCACAGGGAGGGAGAUCGAAAGCAGACAAUGCAGCCGGUGGUUCCAAAGGCGGACCCAAUAAAGGGUCUAAUGCCCAGAAGAAACCCCCGACUGUUUCUCCUGACGCUACUCGUGGCUUUGUCAAGCAUGCCAACCCCUCUCAAGGUGUUACUGAGGCGUUACUUAAACAAACGCUCUCAGCUUUUGGGACAAUUACCUUUGUUGAAAUUGACAAGCGCAAGGGGUUUGCUUAUGUUGACUUUGCUGAACACGAGGGUCUUGUGAAGGCUGUUACAGCCAGCCCUAUCCCUGUUGCACAGGGCACUGUGCAAGUUUUGGAGCGCAAGGACAAGAAGCCUGCCAGCACGAAUGCAAACGCGGCGACGACAGCACCAGCCCCAGUUGCUGGAUCUGCUGCGCCGGAAAAGGCAUCUGGUCGUGGUCGACGUGGACGAGGUGGAGGUAAUAAGGUAAAGGAUUCUGGUCCUAAUAAUCAAGGGACUGCUCCUCCUCCUCCUCCAGCUCCAGCCAACGCUGGCGGCUGAGUGUAAAGAGAUGUUUUUCGGACUUUUCUCCAACAUCUUACCCCUCUAGCGAGCAGCCUGAUCUGUGCCGUUGUGCCGCUGCUAUGAGCCCAAUGUGCAAUCCAGUAGUUGCUUAAUACGUCCAACUUAUCUCAAAGCAUGGACACUACGCAGCCAGGAGGCGGGUACCAGAGCACCUGAACCAUUGCAAGCGGAUAAGAGCACGGCUGAUUUAUAGUCUUUGUGCCUUUGCCUUGCGUGCGCAUGCUACGAAUCCAAUGCAGAGUCGAUCUUUUGAUAGACAAUUACUCCAACGGAAGUGGCGUUUGAGGAAGCGACAGGUGGCAUAGCGAGGAAGGGGGUGAUUAUGCUAGGUUCAGAUAUCGAAGCAGCAAUAUGACUUUUGCGUCUACAGUUCGUGUUGAUAAGUGAUUACAUUGAGUAUGUGGUUAGAUAUGCGGCGUGGCCUUAGGGUAGAAAGUCAACAGGCACAUGCGGAU